AAAGAAAAGGCAAAGAGCAGAAGAGAGAAACACUUAGUAUAAUAUAAUAGAUCCUGAAGAUCUACUUUGUUCUCGAUAGUUCCUGGAGAAACUAUCUUUUCUAUAUAUUUGUGUUUAGUGCUUAAUUUAGUUUCUGCAAUCUUAUAUAUUCCGCUGGUUUUAGAACACGUUAUCAGCACGAGUCUCUACCCUACUGCGAAAGACAAUGUCGAACUACACAACAUUGGAAUUUGCAGCCCUUGAUAUUUCAGGAAGAAAUUAUUUAUCAUGGAUUCUUGACAUUGAGAUUCACCUCGAUGCCAUGGAAAUAGGAGAAACGAUAAAAACUGGUAAUGACGCGUCCUUGAAGGAUCGCGCCAAAGCAAUGAUAUUUAUUUGCCACCACCUCCAUGAAGACCUGAAGUCUGAGUACCUUACGGUUAAGGACUCAUUAACCUUAUGGAAUAAUCUGAAAGAAAGGUACGGGCACCAAAAAGCAAUGAUACUGCCCAAACCUCGUUAUCACUGGUUAAAUUUAAGGGUGCAAGAUUAUAAAUCUGUUAGCGAGUAUAACUCCGCUCUGUUCAAGAUAGUUUCGAUCUUAAAAUUAUGUUGUGAAACUAUCAUUGAAAAAGAUAUGUUGGAAAAAACUUUUACCACUUUUCAUGCCAACAAUUUGCUCCUGCAGCAGCAAUACAGAGAGCGUGGGUUUGAGAAAUACUCAGAUUUAAUUUCAUGUCCCCUGGUUGCUGAACAGAAUAACGAGUUGUUAAUGAGGAAUCACGAGUCUCGUCCAGCUGGCUCUAUACCAUUCCCAGAAGCAAAUAGAGUCUCUUUUCCUAAUCAGGGACGAGGUCGUGAUCAUGGCCGUGGUCGUGGUCGUGGACGUGGGCAUGGGCGUGGUAGCCAUAACCACCAAGUCCAUGAAGGAUAUGUUCAGAAAUCAGGCAAGAAACGAGAUAUUCCCCAGAAGUGGAAUAAGUGGACUAGACCAGAAGUGUCUGCAGGAAAAGGGAAGAAUUUGGAAAAUAAGCCUUCCAAGAAUUCUGAGGACUUCUGCUACAGAUGUGGAGCGAAAGGACAUUGGUCACGUACCUGUCGUACACCGAGGCAUUUGGCAAACCUUUAUCAGGCAUCUAUCAAAGGAAAGGAAAAGGAGAUUGAAACAAAUUUCACCGAUCAAAUGAAUAAUAAUCAACCUGACCCUUUUGAACCUUUUGAUAUAACGUUUUUGAUAUCUCUGAGUAUAUUGGUAAACCAAGUGGAACGAAAAAUGAUCUCUAUGACGAAAACGACUACCCUGAAUGGUCCCAGCAGUUAGACUAAAUUAUCAUUUCCUACUUAUAUUGAAUGUAAUAAAUUUGAAGGUGUGUUUAUGUUUUUAAUCAUGUUGUAAGAAAUAUGUCAUGUUUGUCUUUGUAAUAAAAUGUCAAGGUGUGUUUCAGUUAUCUAUUUAUGAAAUCUUUUCUUGCAUAUAAUAGGGGCAUGGAUACUAACAAUGCGUUAUCAAAAACAAAGAUAACUGGUGAAGAUAUUUGUUUGGUAGACAGUGGUACAACACAUACUAUUCUUCGGGAUAACAAAUAUUUUAAACAAUUGACAAAGGUACAAGCAAAUGUCAAUACAAUAUCAGGUUCCGCAAACCUAAUUGAAGGCUUUGGAAGAGCAAAUAUUGUGUUAACAAAUGGAACAAAUUUACGUAUUGACAAUGCUCUGUAUUCUACCAGAUCCAGAAGAAAUCUUCUAAGUUUCAAAGAUAUACAUCGUAAUGGUUACCAUAUUGAAACCAUUAGCAAAGGUCAA